AUGUGGACGGACCGUAAAGCAGACGUGCGGGACACCAGCGGGAAAAGAGCCAGGGACAGUAGCCCUGUCCUCAACAGACUGAUGGCGCUUACUGGUGACAUGAUAUACUUGGAUAAGGUUAUGCAAGACAAAUGGUUUGUACUGCAGCUGGCCGUGUGGGCGCUUCGAGGGGUGACGCGAGUGAUUUUAGCCAACAACCCGCUGAGUGGGGCUCUCAUGCUAGCGGCACUCUACUGGGCCUCCCCCUGGCAAGGCCUGCUGGGAACUUUGGGCCUGCUGACCUCCACGCUCGUAGCGGUCAUCUUGGGACAAGACAGUGCAGAAGUGUGGGGAGGACUUCACGGCUUCAACGGCAUGUUGGUCUCCCUGCUAAUGGGAGUGUUCAACAGCGCCGGAGACUGGUACUGGUGGCUGCUGCUUCCCGUUUGUCUGGGCUCGGCGACAACUGUCUUCUUCUUCAGUGGUCUCUCAUCAGUUCUGGAUCGAUGGGACCUGCCAGUUGCGGUCUUUCCGUUCAACAUAGUCAUCGUUAUCUACUUCCUGUGCACCGGACCGGACAACCCCUACUUCCCGCGCCGCCUCGCCAUACCGCCGAGCUCGGUGGCGACUAACGUGACGGCAGUUAGUGCUACAGAGGUGUUGCAAGGUAUCCCUCUCGGCGUGGGCCAGAUCUUUGCCUGCGGAUCCUUGGGUCCCUCCUUUCUCAUUCUGGCCGGACUUUGCCUUUACUCCCCGCUUCAAGCCUUCCACGCUUUGCUUGGCUCAGCAGUCGGAACACUGGUCGGUCUAUCCGUGGCUGUGCGGCACGAGUGCCUCUAUUCUGGUCUGUCCGGCUUUAACGGAGCUCUAGGCUGCAUGGCCGUGGGAGGAUUUUUUUUCAUGUUUAAUUGGAAGACCCACUUGUUGGCCAUCGCAAGUGCUUUCCUCUCUGCUUAUCUUGACAUCGCUUUGAGCAACCUGUUGGGGGCAACGGGUCUGCCGGCAUGCAGUUGGGCCGCCACCCUGACCGUGACGCUGCUGCUGCUCCUGCGGGGCAGCGCGUCCGCCUACCGAAUCCCCACGGGUCAAGUGAAGGCCCCCGAGCAGAACCUGCGCUCUCGUAGCCGCUGGGAAGCCGGCAGUACAGUUGAACGAGAAAGCACUGAUGUCUAA